UCGGGUCUCCGGAGUUAGGUUAAAGAAAGCCUCUAGUCUCGCUUUCGAGGGCUGUUUUGCACGACGCUGCUCGUGAAUGCCUUUACCAAUGCAGUCUUAGGAACCCUUACUCAAAAGAUGCAUCGAUGCCCAAAACAGAAAGGCAUAUUAAGCUAGUGCCUGGAGCCCCGUAGAGAACUGCGUGGUGUUGACCUCAGUCAGCAUGUUUCAGAGUCUACAGGAACCUCAACUCCAGUGCCCCCUUGACAUGGAGCUGGAUGGCAAGAAAAUCAGCCGGGUGGAUCGAUUGGAUGAGGCUGGCUCCCUAGCAGAACCCAUUCCCCACCAGCUAGGCUUCUUGCCUAUCAGCGGGAGGUUCCUCAAAUCUGAAUCGGAGGAUUCUGGUGUUGAAAUGACCAGCAAUGAUCACUCUCCCUCCAGCCCGGAGGGCUCAGAGAAAAGCUUCUGUUUGGACUGUCUUGAUGUCUUCCAGCCUUCGAUGGAAGACUCUCCACCACUUUCUGCAGCUCCCUGCCAAGGCUUCCCCAAAGGUGAAGAGCAGGAGGACCUGGGUCCCAUCCAGGAUCGUGCCUACUGCCGGAAUCUCUCUGCCAGCAAGAAGUUGGCCCAGGUGGUCCAGCGGUCUCAGAAGCACCAGGUGCCUCGCCGAUCCCCCGGGCGGCUGGGUCAGAGGCCCCGUAGCCCAGUGGACUUGGAGGGCCUGAAUUCCUAUCGUUUGCACCGGGCAGCAAGCGUCAACGAGAAUGUGGAUGCUGCUGCAGGGGAAUUGAUUCCUAUGCUGUCUGGCAACAGCACUCCAGAGGAAUGGAGCCCACAAGGACAGGUGCACGAGACUUUGCUGACCAUGCCUGGACAGGGCUUACGGUACUUGGAGCACAUUUGCCAGAUGCUGGAGAAGAUCGCCCGCCUGCAGCAGGCCAACCUUCGACUUCAGCAUCAGCAGCAGAUCAUGGAGUGCCGGGUGCGGGUCCAGGAAUCUGAGAACGAAGGCUUUUCUGAAGAUGUGCCAGAUGGCCCUGGGCUGAUGACACUUGAAAUGCAGGCUGAGGUUCCAGCAACCAUGGAGAAGGUGGCAGAAGAGGAGCAUCUCAAGUCGGCUGACUCCUGGCACCCCCACCACUUCCGGGCCCGCUCUGCCUCGGACACGCGGGCGCUACGGAGCCCAGCCCGUAACCUGGGGAACAAGGAUGGUUGCCCUCAGAAGUCAACAGCCCACUCUGCCAGUUCUCCCAGUUUGCUGGAUCAGCUAGAUGGGGGCUCACACACCUUGCCACCAGGCAUGAAGCUCAAGAACAUAUACCAUAUUGGACAAAGAAGAAUCCCAACCCAGGUGGCGUUUCCUGCCCACUCUGGGUGCAAAAAAGCACAGAUCGAAAGACCUUUCCAUGCGGUGAGCCACAGGUUCUCUUGGAGGCAUGACAGGUCUGGGGCCCCCAAGUCAGUGCUGUCAUGCACAUGGACUCUCCUUCCCUUCCCUGUGAGCUUAUUGGGAGCUGAAAUGCUCCACCCACUUUGACGGUGAGCUUCAAAUCCCCCUCCAGUGGAAGAGAGAAGAGACUUUCAGAUAAAGAAUGGAGACACAAAAGCUCCACCUAGCAAAAUGAUUCUCUUCUAUGAAACCUUCCAACCAAGUGGAAACAUAACUGCUCACUGCAAGCCACAGUCUGCAAAUUCGAAGCCAGCCUUGUGAGCAAAUGCUUCCUCCUCUUGCAGUUUACCCCUUCUGUCCUGUUUUAUUGUUUUCACAUUACAUAUGCACCAGUGCAGUAACGUAAACUAUGCAUCAACAUGGGCUUUGUAAACCAUGGUUAGGGGACCUGGUAUAAAUUACCGUAACCAUGAUUUGUAUCAGCACAUGUAUUGUGUUGGGUCUCUAUUUACAAACCACAGUCUACAGAGAGCCAGUUUUACAUUGGCACAUAGCCUAAUUUUCUUUAGCCUGCCCUUCUUUUUAUUUUUAUACAGUCUUCGGGACAGAUCUCCCUGAGGCUGGUCCUCUGGAGAACACAGGUUUUAGGUCUGUCUCGUACACACCACCAAACAUCACCAUAUUCUGUUAGAAAGAUCCUUUCCCAUCAUUGCCAACUCUCCUAAGAUUUUAGGCUGCUGUCUCAUUGAUUAGGAGCGUGGGCAUAAAAUCUCAUGUGCGUGGUUACUAGGUGAGGACGAUGGCUCUGAGGGGAGAGGAUAGCCCUCUCUUCUCCCAGUCUUCACUAGGAAAUCCCUACAUGGCAGAAUGUGAAAUAACUUAUUGGCCCUGCCUUUAAUUAUGAUUUUCCUUAUGAAACAAAUGACUGACACUCCACAUCUUUUUGUAUGUCCUCACAUACAGCUAUAUAACUUCACAUAUGGAGUGAGCCCUGUAUAUAUUUAUAUGGCCUAAUGGUCACGCAUGUAUGUGUAUAUAGAUGGAAAUUGAUAUAUUCACAAGUUAUAUAAAAGUGAGGAAAAUAAAACUAUUUGCAGACUUUUUUA